AUGGAUAUACCUUAUGAGCUCUCCAGGCCCUUCUACUGGAUGGCCGCAGUUGAGAACUCUAAUUCCUUAACUCUUUGGAGGACACAACAAAUGUCCAUGAUGUGUCAGCUGCCGUUAAAGAUGCUUAAAGACUGGGAAGGAAAGCCUGAAAUGGGGGAUCAUCUCAGAGAGACUACCAAGAGGUACAAAAUUGUGAGAAAGUCCGCUAAAACCAGCGGACUGGAAGAAGAGAGCCCCAAAUCAAAUGUCCCUACAGACAGAGUUCUCGCUACUGACAGCCCGGGGAAUGGGAGCACCCAGGGACCCGUGCUUUACUGUAGCGGCCCCAGCACAGGGUCCCUGCACCGGAGCAGGGGCCGAGCCUCACCUGCCCAGGAGUGCAGGCUGUCGGCACUAGGGUUGGCGGCUGGCUCCGGAGAAAGCCUGCAUGCUGGUCUGCUGGAUCUGCCAAGGUCAAUGAGAGACAUCAACUCAGUCAGUAGCAGGACGCCAGAUGACCUCACCCCUGUCCACCUGGAGACCAGAGAGAUUCCCCCAGAGCCUUCAGAUGCUGACAAAAGCCCUGAGAGUGCAUCCCACAUGAUGGAUACAGCUAGUGAUGCAAAUGACUACCUGGCCAAGGCUGGGCAUUCAAAAUUGGGGUCCAGGGACAUCGAGGAGUCUCUGCUCUACCGAAGACAAGUGAAUGUAGACACUCUGAGGAGACCUGCGCUCCUAACAGCAGAGAAAUCUGUUCCACACUCUGAUUCCCACUUUGAAUACCGAGAUAUGAGAGACGAGGUUAAGUCAUCUGCCCCAGGUUACACACAGCUCGGCCCUCAGCCGGGUUCUGCCCGGCCGGUGCCCGGAGAUGCCCCCAAGCCGGCGGGCCGGGCUUACCGCAGAGAUGCCCGCUCCAGGCUUGUGCCCGCGGACGCCCCGGGCUGGCCGCGUCCCCAUCGCAGCCACCUGCCCGCGCCGGCCCUCCGCCGGCCCCCGGCGCCCGAGCGGCCCUCACCUGAUCCGGAGAUGUGGACGCGGAGCGGGCGGCCCCGACUCGAGCAGGACGACAGGUCGCUCUGCGAGCGGCCGCGGGGGCUCGGGUCCCCCGGCAGCCUGCGCAGGGCGGGCGCCGGCAGCCCGGCGGGCGUCUCGGGCUCGGGCACCUCGGCCGCCGCCUGCCCGGCCGGCUCUCCCGGGGGCUCCGCGGGGCUCCUGCCCGCCUCGGCCAUCGGCUCCCGGCGGCCCGGAGCGCGGGGUGGGGCCGGCGCCGCGGACCGCGCUGCCCGGCGCGCGGCGACCCCGAGGCAGCGACAGGGGCGGAGAAGGCUGGACGCCGGGCGCGGAGAAGCUGGCGGGGAGGGCGGGAGGAGGAAGAGGACAGAAAAGUUUGUACAGGAAGGAGCCGCCUACAGCCGGCUCUCGCUCCCGCGGGCGAAAGCCGCAGGGCUCGGAGCUGGGCCGCCCUCAGUGCCCGCGAGCCUGCCCGCUGCUCCACCCCCUGGGCCGGGGCACGGCCCUCUGCAGAUUGGCGGCAGGAGGGUCCCCUCCGGUCAUACCCAGCUCGCAGGCCUGAGAUUAGUGGAGCCAGGGCGUCAGGAGCUGGGGAUGCAAGGUCAAGGUUAA